AUGUCUGGAAAUAAUAGUCGACCGUCAAGUAAAGAUGGCCCCAAGAAAAACAUCUGGUCGUCCAUGCUGGACAGUGUCGCAAAUGGAAAGCGCUUGCCUGAGAAGAAUCUUUUGAUAUUAGGAGGAACACCCGAAUCACAGAGGGAGUUUAUAGAGACACUAUCCGUGGACGCUUCGGAUCCUACUUUGAUCAGCGAGAAGCGUAGGGGAAGGUUGCCGCCAGUCGCCAAUCAAUUUGCAUUAGGAUACACAUAUCAUGACGUCCUGGAUGCCGACCAGGAAGAUACCUUGGCUCGGGUCUCUGCAUAUCUACUUUCCGAACCGUCCUUGUCCUUUGCACCGCUCCUCAAGCCACUCUUAACUCCUCAAUCAGUCCCAGAAACUUUAGUCGUAAUCCUACUCGACUGGUCGGACCCCUGGACAUGGGUUCGGAGAUUGCGGGAAUGGGUUCGUUUGUUGCGACAUGUUCUCAUCUCCCUUGACGAUGAGACAAAGAUUGUAAUGGAAGAGAUCAUGACCGAAUGGAAGGACCGAAAAAGGGGCAUGGAUUCCGGAGCGCAAGGAUUGGCCAGCUCCGGAGGACCAGUGACGAUACCGCUCGGCCCUGGUGAAUGGGAUGAGGGGCUUGGGAUCCCCAUGUGUGUGGUUUGUCAAGGAGCGGAUAAGAUCGAGAAACUGGAGAAGGAUCACGGAUGGCGUGAAGAGGAGUUUGACUUCAUCCUUCAGUUUAUGAGGACCAUUCUUCUGAAACAUGGCGCAUCGUUAAUAUAUACCACCCCGUUCCUCGCAAACUCCCUUCAGAGCUUGAUACACUCGUCCCUUGGGAUACAUUCGUUGCUGAAGCGACAAUCGCUUAAGCACAAUGUGAUUGAUAGAGACAAGAUUUUGGUGCCUCCGAAUUGGGAUUCAUGGGGCAAGAUUCGAAUCAUCAGAGAGGGUUUUGAUAUGGAAGGUGUAUCAACUGCUUGGUCAAUUGAAAUCCAGGACCCUCCCGAGCCACUCACUGGAACAGUCGAUCAACCUCAGGACGACAGCGCAAUGGGAGCCGAAGACGGGACCAGCGCUGUGACAAUAUUCGAACAAACGAUCACAGAUCCGAAGCGCAAUACCGCGAUGGCGCAUGCCGGAAGCCAAAAUAGCGCGAAUAAGAUUGAAGUGGAGACGCUGGACAUGCAGAGCUUCCUUGCCAAACAAUUAGAUGUCUUGGAGCAGCUGAAGCAGGAAGAUGAGAAGGAUCGUGCCACGAAACAAGUGCCUCAACUUGAAAUGUCGCCUUUGGAAGAUAACGGUCGGGUUAACGAGCACAUUGGGCCGGUGCAAUUCAACAUGGGAGGUAUCCAGGUCGACGCUGACGACAUGCUGCGGAAACUCAAAGAGAGAGAGGCUAGCCGAGUCCAGAGAAAAGAGGUUGUUUCGUCACCGGGGGACGAAAAGGCACACAAUCAAGCGCUGGCGAAUUUCUUUGCAGGCUUGGUCAAGAAACCUGGAACGAGUCCGCGCGGAAGUCCGUCGGCUUGA